CUCAGUACCCCCACUGAGCCCCAAUCCUCACCUCCCCUGGUAGUGAGGCUCAGUGCAGACAGGGGAAGAAUUAAAGGGACCCUUCAGUUUAGACCCCAGAUUAUCUCCUAAGCAGAUACCCCCUUUUGAACUGGAGAUGUAGGGCUUGGAAACUAGAAAAUAUCAGGUCUGAAAGAGAGGAAAGAACAAGCCCAGCAACACACAGAGCUCUGUGUAUUCAGAGGGAAGUUGGCAGGGCUGCGCUCGGGCAGAGAAACUCCGAGUGGUACAAAGGGACGUGCCCAGAGUGGAGAAAUCAUGCUAAUUGUCUGCACCAGAACUGGAGAACGCCACCCAAAAUGAAGAGAGAAAGGGAAGCUCUGUCCAGAGUGUUCAGUGCCCUGAGCCUCACGCCUUUUGUCUACCUUCUUCUGAUGCAGACAGAGCCCCUGGAGGGGGUGAACGUCACCAGCCCGGUGCGCCUGAUCCACGGCGCGGUGGGGAAGUCAGCCCUGCUCUCCGUGCGGUACAGCAGUAGCAGCACCGACAAGCCUGUGGUGAAGUGGCAGCUGAAGCGGGACAAGCCAGUGACCGUAGUGCAGUCCAUCGGCACGGAGGUCAUCGGCACCCUGCGGCCUGACUACCGAGACCGCAUCCGCCUCUUUGAAAACGGCUCCCUGCUUCUCAGCGACCUGCAGCUGGCAGACGAGGGCACCUAUGAGGUCGAGAUCUCCAUCACUGAUGACACCUUCACCGGCGAGAAGACCAUCAACCUCACUGUGGAUGUGCCCAUUUCGAAGCCGCAGGUGUUAGUGGCUUCGACCACCGUGCUGGAGCUCAGCGAGGCCUUCACCUUGAACUGCUCGCACGAGAAUGGCACCAAGCCCAGCUACACCUGGCUGAAGGACGGCAAGCCCCUCCUCAAUGACUCGCGAAUGCUCCUGUCCCCUGACCAAAAGGUGCUCACCAUCACCCGCGUGCUCAUGGAGGAUGAUGACCUGUACAGCUGUGUGGUGGAGAACCCCAUCAGCCAGGGCCGCAGCCUGCCGGUCAAGAUCACCGUAUACAGAAGAAGUUCCCUCUACAUCAUCUUGUCCACAGGGGGCAUCUUCCUUCUUGUGACCUUGGUGACAGUCUGUGCCUGCUGGAAACCCUCCAAAAAGUCUGGGAAGAAGAGAAAGCUAGAGAAGCAAAACUCCCUGGAAUAUAUGGAUCAGCAUGAUGACCGCCUGAAAGUAGAAGGUGAGCCCCCAGCCCCCCACUCACCCGUCCCGUCAUCAUUCAGAUCAGUGGGCUGCUGGGAAAGGGCAGAACUGGACGACAAAGAAGCCAGCUCUGCAGGGCCCCUUCCUCCACCAAUUGCACGAAGACUGCAGAGCAGGGAGAGGAGCGGCCAAGCAGAUACCCUCCCACGAGGUGGAGAGCAUGAGCGGAAGAACCCCAUGGCGCUCUAUAUCCUGAAGGACAAGGACUCCCCGGAGCCCGAGGAGAACCCUGCCCCGGAGCCUCGGAGCGCGUCAGAGCCCGGCCCGCCCGGCUACUCCGCGUCGCCAGCAGUGCCCGGCCGCUCGCCGGGGCUGCCCAUCCGCUCUGCCCGCCGCUACCCGCGCUCCCCGGCGCGCUCCCCCGCCACCGGCCGGACGCACACGUCGCCGCCCCGGGCCCCGAGCUCCCCGGGCCGCUCGCGCAGCGCCUCACGCACACUGCGGACUGCGGGCGUGCCCCUGAUCCGCGAGCAAGACGAGGCCGGCCCGGUGGAGAUCAGCGCGUGAGCCGUCUCGGGGCCCCCGAGGACCCCGCGCGCGGCGGCCAGCGGACCGGGGAGGGCGGGAAGCGGGGCUCCGGCCGCCGGGGCCAACGGGGGCGCAGUGUGCCGCGUGGUGAGCAGGCGCAGAUGGGGGGGCGCAGCGGGGAGGCGGAGAGUGGGUCUGGCGGUGACGCUGGGUGGCGCUUGCUGCCGGUUCCCUGGCUGUGUUCUGAGUGGGUGUGGGGUGUGCCCUCUUAGGACAGUAUAGAUAUUAAAUUUCCGGCCCAGUCUCCCUAGGGUCUUAUGGAAACUAACAUCAGUAACCUAACCCCCACGACUGUCCUGUGCCCUUCCCAGAAGUGCCCUGCUUUUCACCCACGUCCCUUCCCUCCCAACGAACGCGUGCUUCCUGGGGCACUGGUCUAGCUAGGCCAGAUUAGAGAAGCCACUUGCUCUAAACGCACAACUGCUCUGGACUGCAGGGAGGUCAGAUGCCGGUUACUGGGUGUACAGGGGGCUGUUCUGAGCAUCAGCGAAUCGUGAAGCACCCUUCUCUGGGUCCCCUGCCAGCUGGUGGGGGACGGGCUCAAGUACAUUCCUUGGCCCCUGACCUGGCCCUAGCAAGGCUGAAGGAUUCCAGCCUCCCUUGUCUGGCUUCCUCCCAAAGCUUCCCUCAGUGGCAUGCCAAGCAUUCUUCCCGUCUCUUCCUCUAGAGAGGGGAUGCCCACUCACUGUCCUGGCCCAGAAAGCUAGCGAAGACCUGUUCUUGAACUCCUCACACCUAUGCCUUCUCCCUGGCUUCCUUACAAAACAAGCCUUUCAAACAAUCAUUAUCCCCGGGAAAGGUGGUUGGGCUUCCUCCAGCUGUAAGAGAAUAAGGUUCCACUUGCCAGAGAAAACAGGGUGGGGCGGGGAGCCUUGUGCUCUUCCGCAUGUCAGGGAGACGUGAUCCAGCCCUUGGCCUCUGGCCUCCCACCUGCCCUGCUCCCAGAUGCUCAGAUCCCAGGAGGUGGCACAGGACAGAUUCCCUCGCCACACAAACAGAAUACAGAGGCUGGGCCACUGGGGAGCCAGGUCACGCUUGUGCCACCGCAUCUUGCACAGUCAGUAGGAGAGACGAUAAUCUGUGUGAGGAGAGAGGACAGUUAAAAGACUCAAGGAAAAGGAGGCCCUCUGUGUGUUCUGAUCUCUCUUCCGUGAUGCCUCCAGGAGUCUUGCCUCCCUGGCCCCUCCCCAGCCCCCUAAGCUCCAGCUCUGACUCUCCACCAUCCCACAGAGCAACUCCCAAGGGCCCUGUUCCCCACCACUCCACAUGGGGCCAGUUUUGUCCAAGCCUGAAGGGCAACAACAUUCCUAUUUGGCCCCUCCGCCCUUACCUGGACAGCUCGCCCCUCGCAGCUCCCUGCCCUCUGCACCCCUCCAGGCUCACUUGAGCCAGUGUGACUUAGCAGCUUCCCUUAGUUUGCCAGAACUGCUCCCCUCACUCUCCCAGUGCCUCAUACAGAGUGCAAUAAUGCACAGAGGGCAAAGCUGCUCAGGCAAGAGGGAGAUGCAGGACUUGGGAAGGGGUACAAGCUGGUCAACCCUGAGAGGCAGGGUGAAGGUAGCGUAAGAUGGGAGCAUGCUGCAUACCCCCCUGGUGAGAAAUCCCCAAGGGGCUGGCUUCCUGGGCUCAAGCCAAAUCUGCCUUAAACUGGGGAGAGGGGUAAGGGGAGGGGGUAAAUAAGGAAAUGGUUUUGCUUUUGUUUUGUUUGGGUUGGUCUUCAUCUUUGUAUUACUAGCAUCUAGCAAAGUGCCUAGCACAUACUGGAUGCUCAAUAAACUUUUGAUGAAAUGACAAUUUAUUCCACUUAAGCGGCAAGAACGAACAGCUUAAAAAUACCAGCCAUUUCCCUUUUCUUUUUCCUCCUCAGCUUCCUUCACUAUCCUUCAAUCCUUCAACCUCUUUGCAAACCCCCAGUGGUCUACU